AUGUGCUUCAUGGGCCAGUACCAUCAGUCUGAGUGUCUCCCUGCCGUCUUCCCUCUGCUGUUUCAUGAGAAGAUGACCUUCGAGAAGGGUAUUUCUCCGAGGUUGGAGUUCUCCACCAAAACCACCAUCAUUGAGUGCUCAGCUGAUUCUGAGAUCAACAUUCACCCCAAUGUACUCAUGAGUCCAGCGAUAAAGAGGAACUUGAUGCGCUCAAGCAGACCCAGGACCUCCUCUCUUCAGAGGAACCAAUCUCAAAUCUCUGCAAAGAGACGAGGUCGCAGGACAGAACGAGAGAGACGCGGCACAGCCGGGUCGCUGUCACGCAUUUACAGGUCCCAGUCCCCGCAGAGAAACACCCAGCAUCUGGCCCGACUCAGCCUAGACCCUGCGGCUCCCAACCCAACCGAGGUGAAGGCAGCCAACACCUCCCAACCUAUGCUUGCUUCAUGGCCGGGAGCCAGUCGACGGGACUCACCCCAUGUGUCUGCAGUGUUGACCAACUCCUCUUCACCUUUGGUCAGGUCUUCAUCAGCAGGGACUCUCUCUCCAACUGGCAGAAGAAAAUUCAAUGGUUUGGUAGAAGAGACAUUUGAAGACGACUCCGGCUCAGAAACACCUGACCCUUCAGCGUUGUGGCAGACUGACAUAGGAGCCGGGCACAACAGGUCAGUUUCUUGA